CGCACUUAUCCUAACACGGAAUGGAUGCCAAACGAAGGAGUUCAACGUGGCAGCAUAAUGCAUGGAGAUGGCGACCCACUCUCACCUCUUCAACCCUCAAAAAAGAAUUUGUAUCGCUCAAGGACCAUUGCUGAGGCCAAGGCUCAAGGAAUUUUACCAACCAUUCCGGUGUUGCCACUGAGCUACAAAGAUGCCUAUGAAGUGCUUUCUCAUAUGCGAGGUGCCUUGGCACCAUAUGAUUGGCAAGGAGGACUUGAUCUCAGAUAUCAUCUUGGGCCGGAUUUGAAGCAAAACCACAAAAUCAGAAUUACUGUUCAUUCAGUGCUGGUCAACAGAACAAUUCGAAACGUGAUAGGUUAUAUUCGAGGCGCAACUGCUCCGGACAGAUACGUAAUUUUGGGUAAUCACUAUGAUGCAUGGGUGUACGGAUCAUUGGACCCGAACAGUGGAACUGCUGUACUUGCCGAAAUUGCCCGAGCUUUUACGCAAGUUAUGAAGAAAACGAACUGGAAGCCAGGUAGCACACCAGUUACUUUCAUUUUGCUAAGCUGUGUUUCAAAAUAUUACCCGGAAGUGCAUUACUGCCAAAUCUUUGACAUUGGGGAGAAACUCUUUAGUGUUUUCUUUAAAGAGCACAUUAGUCCAGACGGUGACCUCGCCACAGGCUUCAAAAGACUGAACCUUUAG